CUGGGAAUGGAUAGAAUUAAAGCACAAUAUAUCUUUUCUCCUCCUACCUAAGAAAUGGCCUUAAAUGGAGACUCUUGGAAUAUAUGUCACUGUAUAGAUCAGUAUGACCCACUAAGAAUUCCUAUUGUGGAUAUUUCACCAAUAUGAAAAUGUUCCUUCAAAUCCAACUGUUGACAUCUGUGGUCACUUUCAUGUUUUGAAUUGAAGAUUCAAAGGGCCAAAUGAACACCCUUAAAUGAAGUCAUACAGCAUGGAUAUGACAUAACAAUUGUUACCAGCUCAUAGGGAAGUAGGCAGAAGCAGGAAGUGUUAAGUCCACAUCACAGGUGCAGAGAGUAGGUAACUAUCUGGAGUUAGUCUAUUCAAAUCCACGACUAGAAUUUCUCAAGAAAGAAGGAAUAAAGGCCACAAUUCAAGGUUCCUCUCUCAAGCUACAAAGAACUCCACAGACACUUACCAAGUGCUCAGCAUUUGCUGGCAAUACGACAGGAGUCUGGAGGAUCAAGACAAAAUGACAACUCAGUUUGGUUGUCAACACUGCACAGCAUCACUUCUUGGGAAGAAGUAUGUACUAAAGAAUGACAGCCCAUACUGUGUUUCUUGUUACAAUCAUAUCUUCUCUAAUUAUUGUGAAGCAUGCAAAGAACCAAUAGAAUCCGAUUCCAAGGAUCUUUGUUACAAAGGUCGGCAUUGGCAUGAAGGAUGCUUCAGGUGCACCAAAUGCUAUCACUCGUUGGUGGAAAAGCCUUUUGCUGCCAAGGAUGAGCGCCUGCUCUGCACCGACUGCUAUUCUAACGAGUGCUCCUCAAAAUGCUUCCACUGCAAGAGAACCAUCAUGCCUGGCUCUCGCAAAAUGGAAUUUAAGGGAAACUACUGGCAUGAAACCUGCUUUGUGUGUGAAUAUUGCCGGCAACCAAUAGGAACAAAGCCUUUGAUCUCCAAAGAGAAUGGCAAUUACUGCGUGCCGUGUUUUGAAAAGGAGUUUGCUCAGUAUUGCAACUUUUGUAAGAAGGUGAUAACUUCUGGAGGAAUAACAUUUCUUGACCAGCUAUGGCAUAAAGAGUGUUUUCUAUGUAGCGGCUGUAGGAAAGAGCUUUGUGAAGAAGAGUUUAUGUCCAGAGAUGAUUAUCCAUUCUGCUUGGACUGCUACAACCAUCUUUAUGCCAAAAAGUGUGCAGCUUGUGCCAAACCUAUCACUGGUCUCAGAGGGGCGAAGUUUAUCUGCUUUCAAGACCGCCAGUGGCAUAGUGAGUGCUUUAACUGCAGAAAGUGCUCCGUUUCCUUGGUGGGUGAAGGCUUCCUGACCCAGAACAUGGAGAUCUUCUGCCGGAAAUGUGGCUCUGGGGUGGAUGGUGACAUCUAAUCUUUCCCCACCUGAAAGCCACUUUGCCUUUAUUCUCACUAAAUCCAGAACUCAGUUGCACUUGUAUUUUUUACUUACCGCUUAGAAAAUGUGAAAGUAGGGUUUACAGCAGAAAGUAUUUUACAUCCAUCGUGGAUGAACUGUAUAAUAAGGGCACAGAAAAGCACAAAUGCAUAGAAAUCACACAGUCACCUCUCCUCACAAAAUACUGCUCUCAGUUGUUAGAAACAUGGGAACAUAUCUCUUUAUAAUCAAGUGCAUCACCUGCAGCUUGGAGUUGUGGAUAUCAUUUCCAAGGGCUGGGGAUUUAGCUCAGGGGCACCGUGCCUGCCUUUCAAACACAAAGUUUGAUCCCAGGAACACAGAAACAAAAACACAAUAUUAUUUCUGAAGAAUGACAUUUCUGAAAACUGUAGAAUAAAACAAAAAAAAAAUCAGACUGAAAGGUCCGCAUGGGGUGGAUGUAUGCAUUUCUAGCUAGCUAGUUAUAUAUUACAUGAUAGAUUAUGAAUGGUAGAAGAGAUUUAUAAGAAAAAUGACUAUCAGUUAUGGCAUUUAAGAAUUACAUUAUUUUGAAGUACUUUGAUCUCACACACUGUUUCCAUAGUUAGUUGAUCCCUGUGUUCAGUUGGUGGAAUUUGAGAAUGGUGAAUGUUACAGCUCUCCUACUUUUCGUAGGUAUAAAAGGGGAUAUUUCUGCCUAGGGAUAGCCAAAGCAGUGGUUUCAAUGCAGCUUGUCUCAAAGCCCACACUGAUUUUUCUAAAUGCUUACAGAUUCUGUGAAGUGAAAGUCUAUUCUUUCAAGAGAAGCUAACCAUGAAAAUGGUUGUCCCAGAGGCAAAACCAGAAAGUAAACAAAACAUUAAAAUCAUUACUUAUGGAAAUGAAUUGUAGAGAAGAUAUUGGGUGUUGGAACAUGACUUUCAUCCAGAUAUCUAAAGGCAGAACAGAAUGCAUAAUUAGCUCCAAGUCUCGUGGAUUUUGCCUUCUGAAAUUACAAGGAUGAUUAAUGGACAGAUAUAAAAGUGGACUUUAAAGAAAUCUAAUAAUAAAUUAAAAGGAUAAUUCAUUGUUUAUAAUUCAAAACCUGUGAAGAAACACAACAGAAUAAUGUGGGCUAUAGAUGACUUCUUCCCACUCUUCCUCCACACCAGGGCCACCCACCUUUCCCACACUCAACCAUUCCCCACAGCUACAAUCUGCUGCAUGACUGGGAGCUUCCCAACUAACCCUAAGCCGGCAUUCCAAAGUCAGUCAAUAUGUAUUAGGUCACAAAGAAAGAACGUCUUUGUGAAGAACAAGUUAUUUGAAAACUGUACUCCCAUAUGUUUAUCUUUGUAUCAGCCAUCCACUAAUUAGGAGCUACCCAGCUCUCCCCAGAAAUAUUUCCCACACUGUGAGGGAAAAUGGAAAGCAGCCCCUGCUCUCCAUGAUCAGUUAUCUCCUUUGUUUAUAGCAGAUCUUGGGUAGGAUAGAGUGAGGUCAGAAGAAACUUAUCUAGACGUAUUUGUGUGCCUCUUUCAGAUUGCUAAACAGCAUCUUAAUGCCUCCGAGUAAAACCUGAUUAUAGGCUGUGACUGAUUACAGUGAUUGAAAUAGCAUCACAGUUGGUACAAUUAAAAUUAUUACAGAAACAAUUUUUGAAAUGCUUUUAUAUGUAAAGAUUCCAGAGAUGUUGACUACUUGGCAUUACUAAUAAAAGGUCAGGGUACACAGAUUAUUUGCAAACUAAAACUGCAAUUAGCAAUGCCAACAUAUUUUCUUAAAUUCCCAUGUUAAAAUGCUGGCCAAAUUGUUAACAUUUUGCCUGUUUUAUAUAAAAUUGCACAUCAGAACAAAAUAUGCCAAUUAUUCUAUUUUCUAAAAAAUGAGAAUUCAUUACAUCUGUAGAAAGC